AUGGCGGAUGAUAAAAAGCGUAGCGCAAAUGCUGUGAAGGUUCUUGUCUUUGUCCCACCAAAAAUAUGCCUUCGCCAAACAGAAAAGAAAACGAAACUAGAUGCGCGAGAGCUACCGGAAGUGAAAUGUGACAAGACUUACUUAAAGUUUGAUGGUCAGAAAUUUGUCAAUGAUGAUGAAGCUACGACCCAAAAAGACCUAAAAAUUCAGAAUUCUAUUAGAACAGACUCUGAAGUUAGUACAAGUGGUGGAAUCGUUCUUGAUUAUGAGCCAGAACUCGUUCAGGAAUCAGUCAAUUCAUACUUGGACCAGGAAUUUUUCCAAGCGAAUCAGACCACUGCUUUCUGUAAUAGUUUGACUCGCUUUGAGAGCGUUUUGACUCAGGAUAAAGUAGGGAGUUUUGACAGACUUCAACGGGAAUAUGAAGCGGUGAACUUUGAGAGCCAGCUUCUCUUGAGAAAUAGCAUUUUAGACUGGCCUUUCAGCCGUGGUUCUUCUCGAGUGAGAGCCCAAAGUGACGAGUUGAUGCUUAAUGACAAUACGCAUCAGUUGACAGAAGAUGAUGUUUAUACUCAAGUCUGUACUCGUGAAGGUCAUGAUGAUAACAACGCUUCCUUCUUAUCGACACACAAAUCACCGCCAUUAUUUUCACCAGCUACGUCUGAAACGGUAGCAAAAGGUGUCGAAAAAGAAACUACGAAUCUCGAAGACACUACAGUUGUUGGAGAACCUAAUGAAGCUCCUCAAGAAACUGCAGGUCCUCUGCAACCAGAUACGAGCAAAACCCAGACGAUUGUUGUUUCCAGACAUGGUUGCACAUUGCCAAACAUUUUUGAUAAGCUAACUUAUCUUGCGCAGUGUAAUAAACUGAAGGAUUUAGUGAACAUAUGCGUCAUCGUUCUACAAGUGAAUCCAGUCAGAGAAAUCCAAAUCAAAUCAGGUAGAAACAAGGGAGAGUACAUUCCGUUGUCUUCAAUCAUCGUAGCAGAUGUAUCUAAAUCUCACUUCAAGUUGACUCUGUGGAGACAAGCUUCUCGUUGGACCGAGAGAAUUGUUCCUUGCGACAUCAUCAUUGCCACCUCAAUCCGAAUAGAAACGUGGAGAAACGAAAAUAUCGGCCAAACAACUUUCCAUUCGUGCUUUUAUAAUCUUCAUCAGCCAGUCAAACCUCUGUCACGCGACUGGCUUCACUUGGUGUCCCAGGAAAGACUUAAUGAGCUGCUCAAGCAAGCAGGACAAGACUAUGGCUAUCUCUUUAGGAAUACUCUUCCUGUAGACAGACAGCAAGUAAAGUUCGCUCGUAUCUCAGAGAUGAAAAAUAAUACCUUGGUUCACUUUAGAGGGUUUCUCCGUAAGGUUGAGGUUAUGACAAAUAAAUCGACUGAUGGUACUUACAAAUUUGGACAUCAAAGGCUUCCUAAGAUAAGAAUUAUUUUUGCCGAAUCUCCUGAUGAAGAAAUCAUCGUAAGUUUAUGGGGAAGACAAGCUGAGUGGUUAAACGAUUUGCGCACAGCAGAGGGAACGGUAUGGGAGCUGCAGUACCUGACAGCAAAGCACGACGCGUCCAGUGAAUCGAUGGUGCUACACACGACUCCAAAAUCAACAAAAUCAAAACUGACAGAGGAAAAUCUGGAGGCAAAAAGGUUACUUUCCAUCUUUGGUGACUUCUUCUUCAGCGAAGUCAAAACAUUCAAAAGUAUCAAAGAACUACUUGAAGCCAAGUUUUCAGGGUCUGCGGAAAUCAGUGGAUUUAUUUCCACAAUCGUUUUCUAUUCUGAUACUAACGAAGCUUUGAACAUUAAGAGUCCUCAAGAUGCGGAAGCCUUAAACGAAUGGUUACCACGUCUGACAUUCAUAGGCUGUGCUCUGUGCUUCCGAACGUUAACGAAAGACAAGAACCAGAUAUAUGGACAAUGUAAACACUGCGUACAUCAUAAACCAGACUAUACCUACAGAAUUGAACGGUUUUAUCGGAAUUGUACUGUGAGGAUAAAGGAUUCAGGAGUAGACAUUGAGGUGGACGUGAAGCAUGACUCAGCCUGCAAGCUGUUCAAGGGAAUUGAAGCGAAGCAACUGGUAAAGACCAAACAGCAUCCAAAUCCUUGCACAUUUAACAAUUUUGCAGAAAGAGUAAAAGAACUCGUUUCCAUGAGAGAAAAAUGCCGAUUUAUUUUGUCUUGUCACACUGUUUUAGAUGAAAAUAGUUUUGUAGUUAGUCGUACUUUUACCUUAAUGGACAUCAAAUAAUCAUUAUCAAUAAUCUAUUGAUAUAUAAUUUAUUUAUAAUUUAUGCAUGCUAUAUUAUCACUAGAUUAAAAAGUGUUCACAAUAAAAGCCAAAGAAUUUUGAUCAUGUAGGACCAAUUGUUUUUGAUCAGAAUGAAUUGAUUAAUUUUUUUUCCAGCACAGCAAGCCAAAUCCAAGAAUCGAAAAAUAAAGAUAAAAAGUUGA